AUGGACAGAUCUAUGAGUAUCGUGAAUCCUUCCGUGAUGAACUCAACGACACGUAGCAGCGACCAUGGACCACAACUACAAUCAUUGCAAUUUCAAUUCCCUUCUUCUUCUGCCACAGAACUUUUCGAAAGUCGUUCUAGAAGUCUUCCUGUCGGCUCGCCAAACGGGCAAUUUCCCAUUCUGGAGCCACAUCUUGAUCAGCCCCAAAGUUACAACCUUCCAGCAAACAACGCACAACAGCUGAACUUCCUAGACAGGACUUCUCGGACAAUUGCAGAUUCAUUGAACACAGCAAAUGUCGCUCCUACAUCUAUUGGUUCACCUGCCCACAAUCCAAUGCCUGAUAGCGUGAUUGAAUUCCCAGAUCUCCAGUUCGACAACGAAUCCUUCUUGGAAGAUGUCUUACUCUGUCAGUUUGCUUACAAUCCGUCUGGCCUCACUGUACCCUCUUCUCCGGCCGCAGAAACAAGGUUCUUGAUAAAUCUCCCAGAUUGUACAGACAACAUAGUCCAGCUGGACGCUAGUGAACUACCGAAAGAUGCAGGCAGCCUGGAUACAGGUCAGAAAUUCAAUGUCAAUCCAAAUUGUGCCUUUCAGAUCACGGCAAACGAGCUUAAGCUAUUUCAUGCCAAAUUGAUCAUUGUCGAUGCAGAUGCUAAUCUGGACAACUUCAAGAAACCUAGCCUUUCCCGUACUUUACGAUGUAUGAUCGCCUAUUUUCGACAUUUUGACCCUCACGCCCCUUUCAUCCACUAUGCCUCUUUCAAUGUUUCAACAGAGCAUCCUGCGCUAGUCUUGAUUAUGCUAGCGAUAGGUGCAGUGCAUUUGUCUGAGAAUGAGUUUGCCCGAUCGGCUUAUGAAGCGUCUUGCCUGUUGCUCGCCCAGUACGAAAAGCAAAACCUCGGAAAUUACAACUCGUCAUUCAAUCUCUGGGAAGCGCAGGCAGCGCUCCUCUGUGCACAAUAUGGUGUCACCAGUGGCAACCGUGAUCUAUUCUAUCAGGCGCAGAAACAUCUCUUCACAACACACAUGAUGAUGGGUAGGAUAAUCGAAGCGAACCGAGCGCUUCGUGUUCAGGCUGGGGACAGUUGGGACACGUGGGUUUUCCUGGAAAGCUGUACACGUAUCGUGUGUUGGAUGUUCGUCGUCUCAGCAACAUGCUUCAGUCUUGAUCCCCUUACGUUGACAGUUCUACCACCAAUGCCUGAGCCGAUAUCCUGCCCCAGCGACGAGACGAUCUGGCACGCGACGUCUGAAACAGAGUGGAAGGCCGCUUAUCGAAUUGGCUUCAACCAUAACUCAGUGGACCUGUGGUCCCUUGCAAAAGCAUUGCACCGUGGCCAAUUUCCCGAAAUUUGCGGUAGAAUCAGCGCAUUCACGCUUUUAGCAUUUAUUAGUGGACAACUCUGUACUAUCUGCACCAGAGAACGAUUGAGAAUAGAUAUACAUGAAUCAUCUGAUUCCUCCUAUAUCUUCAAGGGUGAGCAAGCAUUAUCAAUAUGGGAGGGUUUGUGGCGAAAACAUCCGCGUGCCGAACAAAGCCUGACCAGACUUGACGACCCACUACUCAAUGACUGCUUGUCUAUGCUCUGCUCCGCAUACUACCACCUUUACGUCGGCGACGAGCUUGUUGUCCUGAGGAGGAUUGCAGAAAACCCCGACUGUGGUCUUGAAGUACCACAUUGCAAAGACUAUGGUAGAAGUUUGAAGGUCAUAAAAUAUGCAGCAAACUCUUGGCUUGUACGAGCCAAGAUUGGCGUCAGAUACUUGAGGAAGACUAGAGGGCUUGAGUUUGGGCCUCAAGCUCUCGCUGCAGUCUAUGAAAGCGCGUGGUGGCUACACCUGUAUGGGGACAGCGUGUUGGAUCCUUCCAGCUCAACUUAUGCCAGUAAGGACGAUCGUGCACUCGCAGUGGCCGUAGCGAAGAUUUUCAGUGGCAUCAUGAACGAACUUGAUGAACAAGGUACAUUUCAUCGUCCACAUAGUAGUGCCUGCUUGGAUGCCAUUGAAUUCUACACAUAUCUCUGUCGGGACUGGGUCUGGGAAUGUUCGUCAGUCAUCGAGUCGCGACUGCGGACCUUUGCUGUCCAUCUCCAGAAUCGCCGAAACGCAAAUCCUUGA